AUGAGCGCCGAGGAGCGGGAGCGUCUCCGCGCUCUGUUCGACGCUUACGACACGGACGGGUCGGGCAGUAUUGAGCGCGAUGAGUUCUUCACUAUCUGUACGGAGCUCCAGGUCAGCCCGAGCGAGGCCGAGCGCCUCUUCAACAGACUGGACGUGGACAAGGACGGCACUAUCACGCUGCCCGAGUUUAUCAGCGGCUUCCACGAACGACACCGCACGGACGUAGAGCAGCAACCCAGACAGCAGCAGGAGGACGACGACGACGAACCUUGCGCCGCCGCCUGGGAGGACUUCGCGGCCCGGCUGGGGGAACAGAACAAGUUCAUUCCCAAACAAGAGCAAGUAGCGACAUUGUACCAGAACAUCAGCCUGAACGAGCCCAGGCUCAUUCCUCAGCUGGAGAAAGUCCUGCUUAGCUUCACCAAGGAGAUCAAACAGCAGAAUGUGGAAAUGGAGAACUUGGCACUGGCCAUCAGGCGCGCGCAGGAUCAAGCGUCCAUGCAGCUUAGCGAGAUGGAGGAGGAGAUGGACCAACGCAUACACACAACUGAGAGGAAAGCGCGUGAGCAGGAAAAGAAGCGAGGGGCAGCUGAACUUGACGAUUUGCGAAGAACUUAUGAGACAGAAGUCUGUGAGCUACAGUGUAAGAUCCAAAGGAUGCAAAUGAUCGAGGAAAAGUACAAGAACAUCACAGUAAAUGAUGAGAGUCCAGCCCUGAAGAAAAGGAUCAACGAGCUCACUCUGGAGAACCAGCGGUUUAAACAGGACCUGCUCAGGUCUCAGACCAAAGUGGCGUGUCUCCAGAGUGACAUGGAUUCACUCAAGACCGAGCUCACUGACCAAAGCAUCAACUAUGAAAGAGAUGAGGAGCUGAUGAAACAUUUUGCUGAAGAGCGGGACAUCUUGGAGAGCCAGAUUGAGAUCCUACAGGAGGCCAACAGGAAGCUCCAUGACAGCAAUGAUGGUCUGCGAGCUGCUUUGGAGAGGACCACGAAGUCAAGUGGCGGCGGGUCCUCCAGCAACACAAAGGAUAGAAACAGAAGUAAAAGCAUCGGCUACCAGUCACCGUAUGCGCUGGACAGGUUCUGCCAGCGCCCAGAAGACUACCCUAAUUAUGGCCGUCGUCCCAGCAGCGACUCGCUGGCCCUGGCGUUGUGCGACCCAGGACUUAGAAGGCGGAACAGCAGUGAAUGCGAGGAGGACAGCCUGCCCGAGAUCUACAUGGACAGCGGUCUGUCCACGUUGAGAGGCUCUCACGGCGGAUACGACUCGGAGCAGGAGGUCAAAGGCCUGGAAGAGGAGGAGGGUGAUGUGGAGGAGAGCGUGAGCAAAAAAAAAGAGGACACUGAACCAGCAGAGACACAGGAUGCCGAGUCAGCGUUUGGUUCCGACUGCAGCUCCGUUCUGGACUGGAAGCCGUCCGAACCCGUUCCAGCCCCACCACUUGUCCCCCCUACCAUCCGAAAAGCUGUCAGCGCAAUCAGUGUGCAGAGGGAGGACAAAGACAGUGACCUUGGCUACAUGACAUCCGAGAAGGCCUACAGGAUUGUCAUGGCCGGAGACUCGGCUGUGGGCAAAUCUAGCUUCCUUCUGCGCCUCUGCAAGAAUGAGUUCAAAAUCAACUGCAACGCAACUCUUGGUGUGGAUUUCCAAAUGAAGACAUUCAUGGUGGACGGAGAGCCCACUCUGUUACAAAUUUGGGACACUGCUGGACAGGAAAGAUUCCGCAGCAUCGCAAAGUCUUACUUUCGGCGAGCAGACGGCGUGCUGCUGCUGUACGACGUGACGUGCGAAAAGAGCUUCCUGAGUGUGAGGGAGUGGGUGGACAUGAUUGAGGACAUGUCUCAGGAGGACAUCCCUAUCAUGCUGAUCGGUAACAAGUGUGAUCUCAGGCAAGGGGCAAGCAACAGUGUGCCCACCAGCUAUGGCGAGAAGCUGGCGAUGACCUACAAUACCUUGUUCUGUGAAACCAGCGCCAAAGAUGGCUCCAAUAUUCUGGAGGCAGUACUGCACCUUGCCAGAGAGGUGAUCAAACACGCAAAGUUGGAUGAGAAAAGUUACCAGUCACUGCCCAAGUUGGACGCUCCCAGGAAAAAGCCCAACUUCUCCUGCUGCACCUGA